GUCAGUUCUUACCGGAACACAGACCAAGUUACAAACCAUCCGAAGAAAGGUCGUCAUUGUUUUAAUUAUACAUAUUAUUGUUCGCGACUGUUUCCCCUUCCACCUUAAAAAAAAGUAUAAUUCAAAAAUUUUGAAUUAUUUUUUUUCCUAAAUGUUCUUCAGUUCUUUGGGUUAUAAUUUUCGUUUUUGUGACUGAAUUUGUAAUUGUUCGACAUUAAAAGAAAAAAAAAAAUCAAAAUCAUCUCACACAUGGUGGCAAUUUUACCAGAGUACCGGCUUGUUCAUCUCCUAACGGGCAUCGCUUAACGGUCGCUUUUAUGACAGUGUGGUUCGCUUAUUCGUUGUUAUUAUUCAAAGUGCAACAGUCAUCAAAGUGGACAAAUAAUAAUCAAUCAAAAAUUUUAAAGGACAAACAACAUCAUCAAAAAGAAGAUGGGUGCUGAGAUGCGGCUACUUAGGUUUACCAAGUUGCUUAUUGUGGCAUUUAUUUUUACAACGAUUCACGCAACGGACAUUCAGGAUGGUAGCAUAAACAAUGAAGGAAUCAGACCUGCAAGAAUAGAAAGGGAUUUGGACGGUGAUUACCAAUAUGAACUGGAUGACAGAGAGAAAUUCACUAGCAAUCACUAUCAAGAACAGAAUUUCGAGAAAUUUGACAAUAACCCGACUAAUUCUUUUGGAGAGAGAGUACAAGAUUCGGACGAUUAUGAAAAAUUAACAGACGAGAGACAACGAAAACGUGUACGUAUCAGGGUUCCUGUUGUGAGAAGCAGAAAUGGCAAACAAUUUGCCCGCACUGUUGUGAGACGUAGACCAAUUGUUUCCCAUACACAUGAACAGGAAAUCAAUUCACAUUCACCUCGAAGAAUUGUUGUUACUCGUGUUCGUCCACGUGGACCAGCUCACACUCCUGGCUACGCUAAUGAAUUGCCAAAUGUUGACUAUCAAUAUACCGAGAACGCUAGACAAAAUUACGGUAAUCAAUUUGAUAGAAAUCGUCCCUAUGAAUUUAGUGAUCCCGAUGUGGAAAAACCUAAUUCCGAAUUUGCUAGGCACAAGGUAACGAUCACUAGAAGAAGAAAAAUUGUACCCAGUACAACGUCGACAUUCCAAAGGGUUACUAGAAAAAAACUUGUUUCUGUACGACCAAUACCGCAACCCUCGCCAACAUUGGCUAUCAUCACUACCGGAUUCUUUACUCUACCGUCCGAUGAUGAUGACGACGACGAAGAGUACUCCGAAGAAGAGGAAGAAAUUCCAAAUGGAAAUCUGAAUCUAUACACACCAAAACUUCCCGAAACUCCAAAUACAAUUGAAAACAAACCUAACAAUAAAGAUUUGUCAGAGGUUUCCAAAAUUGAAGAAACCAUUGUACCGGAUAUUAAUAAUCCGAUUAUAAUCACGGAUAAUUUCUUUUUCCCUGUUUUUCCGGAUGAUGAUGAUGAUAAUGAUGAAGAUAGAGAUGAUGGUGCUAAAUAUGAUAGUAAUGUUCAAAAUAAGGAAGAAGAUAAACAAACAGAUAUUGCAAAAGAAAUGGAUGAUACUGUGAAUACUAAAGACAAUUCCUUCUUGGAUGGUAAUAAAGCAAAUGCUGUUGUAGACACAGAUGCUAAGCUUGACGUUAAAGACAAUGAAAAUCCUAAAGAAAAGAAUGAAAGUAAAAUUGACAUUGAUAAAGGAACAACUGAUGAAAUAUCCACUACUAAUGGGUAUACAACGAAUCUUUAUGACACCACAACAGAAACAUCAUUUACUCUUAAUGAAAACGAAACAACUAAGGAAACUCCAUUAGAAUCGGUUACUGAAAAUUCUCCAAAAGACGUCAUACCCGAAAUUACGACAGAAUCAUUCCAAAUAGAUGAAACAACACCUAUAUCAACUACUACUGAAGAGACAAUUGAAUCUACAACCAGCAAACAAACAAUUUCUACUAAAGACGAUAAAAUUUCGAACCAACCUCCAAUUAUGAAACCAAAAAUAAUUUCUGAUACUAUUUCCUCUGUUGAAUCAACAACCCCAAAAACUGAUCCACCCCUUAAAGAAGACUCUUUAACCGUCAAACCCUUAGAAACAUUCGUCAAUGUUAUUUCAUCUACUAAACAAGAAGAAUCACCACAAACCGAAAGUGGAUAUUUCACCGAUUUUGAUGACGCUGAUAUACCAAGUGUCAUUCCUCUGGACACUGAAUACAUUCUCGAAAGUAGUCAAAUUAUAAUUUCCAGUAUUGAAAAAUCGCGUCCAAUUGUCAAUCAAGUAACGACAACAUUCACUUCACCAACACCUGAAGAUAUUGAAGCUGGUUUAGCGGAUGAUUUAUAUCUAUCACUAUCGCGUCCUGAUUUCCCUGAAAUUUUACCAUCAAAACCAAUUUUUGAUUCAGUUGUACCAACAUCUGAUCAUUCGGGUUCUGUUAUUCCAACACCGGCAUUAAAAACAAGUGUCUAUUACACUGAGACAAUUGUCACGUCAACUAGACUGAGAACUUAUACGUAUGUUGUAACAAAACUUAAUGGACUUGAGACGGAGGUGACUUCGUCAACGACUGUUAGACCAAGAGUGACAACACUGACAUUGACAGUUCCCAUUACAGUGACAGUGACACCAACCGCGGAAUUGACAUCAAGCCUCGCGACAUCAAACAAUAAUCCAGAUAUUAUUACUGAAUACAUUGGAAAAGAAGAUGAUGAUGGUUCUGAAGGAGAAGGACGAAAAUUUAAUCUUGCAACAAGAGUUAUGUCCAAUGGCGUUGAGGUCAUCGUGGCGGGGCCAACUCCUGCUCUAAGGUGGGAGAAUUCAAAUCCACAACCAACUUUAACAUUAUCAGAUGCAGUUGUCAUGCUACUUCCACAAGAAAAGCCAAAUGAAUUUGUUACCAAAACUUGUACAACGACCUUUACUUAUCUCAGUACCAUCACCAAAGAUGGAGUUACAAUCGUCUCUACUGAUCAGCAGGUUGUUGCUAAUACGGCUACAGAAGAACGUCACCGGAAGCCAGCAUCUGAAGCCGCUGCCUAUACAUUGGAAGCCUCACCUACUUUACAAACAGAAGUUUUUAAAACUACUUAUACAUAUCUAACACUAAACACUGAUCAUCCAGAUGAGAAAAAUGCAUUAGAGAGUAGCGUCAGAGUUAUUACAAAUACAGUUACAGCUCCUAAAUACUACUUGGAUAUGAUUCUCGAACCCUCAGAGGCACCAAGGCCGGAAACAAACACUUAUUUGAGUACCCGAGUUCUAGAAAAGACAAUUACUGAGGAUGGAAGAACCAGAAUUCAAUCGACAAGUGAUACUGUCACACAGCUUAUAAUAACAGAGUCAGCGCCGCCGCCUCGUCCUAUCAGCGUUGAAACCACAUUGACUGCACUCGAUGAAAAUGAAAGUGCAUCGCCUGAUAUAACCAAGACCUACUAUAUCACUUACACUUAUUUUAAUACAUUUUUGGAAAAAGACAGCACUGUUAUUAAAACAAAUGUUGCCACAUCAACUGAUUAUGUACUUGAGAAAGCACCAAAGAAAACAUCAAUUAAAACAAUUGCCGCCAAUCAAACACCCGAUCCAAUUCAAAUUUAUGCGACAAAAACUUAUUUAACAACAUUUACUUAUUUCACAACACUUCUUCAGGCGGGUCUAGACGGGAAAACAGCUACUACAAUUUCCUCACGAUCUCACAUCGUGGAGAAUGUUGUCACCGAAUCAAUUGCGCCAAGUUUACUUGAAGCUGGAUACAUGAAUGCUCUUUUAACAACGUCACAACAUUCUGAUCCUGUAAAUAAUGUCGUGACUGGAUCAACGAUUAUUUUUUUCGACGACGAUGAACAGAGUGUGCCAACCAGUACUACUUUACAAGACACGCUUGCAACAGCUAGUCAUGAGAAUGUUGUUGUUCAAGUACCCGAAAGUUCUGAAGUACUUCCAUCCAAUGUUCACAGUAAUUCCGAAUCUGAAGAUUCGAAUCCCGAGGAGCAGGAAUCUUCCAUUCAGGAAGAAAUUGUACCACCUGAAUCAGUAGAGGAUUCGGAGCAAAAUAAACGACCUACUAUUCAAAACUCAGACAUACAAGUAAGCAAUCUUCUGAACUUGGGAUCUCUUGGAAUUAAUAGUCUAUCAGCGUUGGGACCAGUAAUUACCGCUAUGGCCGGAUUGUUGCAAGGAAAAACAGCUAAUCGUAGAAAUGAUACAUCACCGAUAGCUGCUGCUGCUGCUGCAGCAGCUGUCUCUGCACCAGUUUCUGAGGCACCCGAUACAACAACUAUUAGAUCACCGAUUUAUAUACCUGUCGCGGAAUUUGCCGAUGGUGAUAUAGAAACCGCCGAAAGUCAAAAUGUUGCUCAUCUAAUAAAUGUGAACCACAAUCAUAUUCCUGAAACACGUCACAAGGUAACCGCUAGUCUUGCGGAUGGAAUUCCGAUAUCUCCCGGAGAAGUGAUAACAGCAAAUAGUGAUGUAAUUAUUGGAAAGCCUGGAAAAAUGGGACCAAGACCACCGGAAACAUUUCUAAAAGACGACGAACAUAUUGGCAUGAAACCGCCACCAAUGUCAGUGCCCAAUAUUCCAGUGCAUCCUGUUCUCGAAGUUGUGGAAGAUAAUCGCGAAAAUUUGAAACAUAAAGAAAUUUCACACAUUGGAAAUAUUCCCCUGGAAAUUAUCCCCGCGUAUCAGAUUUACGAAGAACACAUCAAGGUUCCAAUUAGGUAUCCACUGAAUCCUUCGAAAAAACCUCAUCCUCUUCAACCACUUUUACCACCUCCGAAGAGAAUUAGCUCAAAGCAUGAUAUUUUGGAAAACGAUCCACUUUUAAGGCCUCCUAAUGUACCGAAUGUUGAAAAGUAUCCUCAACUCCCGGAGAUUGAUAAUCCCAAAUAUCCCUGGAAUCCUAAGGAACCUCUAACACCACCACUGCCAACUUCUGUAAAUAAGCUGCAAACAGAUUAUUCUUUAAAAACAAAACCCUGGAUUGAAGACAAUCAUCAGUCUUGGUCACAGGAUAAGCUGCAUUUGAAACCUUCGGAAUUUUCUCAACAAGCUGAAUCAAAUCCAUCACUCACGGAGCCGAUUGUACAUCAAGUACCUCAUGUAAUAGACAGAGGAACAGGACAACCUUUACUUGUUAAUCUUCAACCAAGUCAAGUAGCAAAUGUUGUAAUACCACAAGGCGGCACUCAAGCACUAAUCUUUGGAGACACCAAUGAACCUCACAUCAGUGGUCAAUAUUUUGAUGAUCCAUCGCCUUAUCCUGAAUCAGAUGUUGGACCUACAUUUACAUCCAUAUCAAAGGGAGAAAAUUUACAGUAUCCAACGGACGAUAAAAUCUUUAUGAUUCCACCAUCUCCACCGAAAACGUACAAACCAAUAACUGCAAAACCGGGAAAUUCGAAGAGACCGCAUGUAAUUCCACUAUCACAAACUCAUCAGGAUUAUAUAAAACCACAUGGAACAUCAAUUCUACGACCCGUGGAACGCUAUCCAGUUCGUCGACCCGAAGUUCCUGGCACUCCAGCCGGUCAAGGUCACGUGCAUACGGAAAUUUUGGUCCAUCACAAGCCAGAAACAGUAAAUCUUCGACCUCAAUCUGUGUCUCAUCGACCUCAUCCGUUCCCCGUUCAACAUUUACCACCGCGACGAGAUUUUAACAAACUUAAAAAACCAAUUGAAGCAACACCACCCCGAAGAACGGAAGUCUCACUAUCAACCGAAAAACCACUGGAUACAUUUUCUUCCGCUAAUUCAGAAACUGGUAAUGAAGUAUCAGGCAAUAAAAAUUGGAAAUUAGAUCAAAAACCUCCACGAAUUUCAUUGACAAGACGACCUAGACCUACAUUUAGACCUCGUUAUCCAACAAGAGGAACAAAUAAUCGACCUCAUUCAGAACGACCCGUCAUUAAGAAACCUCUGUUUGUCACUAAUCAAAGACUGCCGUUGAAACCCCAAAUUGAUCUAUCGAAUCGUUUUGCUAUCAAUAAACAAAAUUUGAAUACUUCUAAUGAGAAGCAUAAGAUAGAUUUUCCUUACAAUAUUAUUUCAAACAACAAACAAUCCACGAAUAACAUGCAAAAUCAGCAAAAUAUAGUUCCAAAUUUCUCUAAUAUUGAGAAAUUACCAACACCAAAUACACAAACAGAGAGAACUGACGAAUACAUUCCAACUGGAGCAGUGGAAUAUAAAAAUCCAUCGUCUGAACAGCAAAUAAAAAAUAUUGGUAAUCAAUAUUACUCACCAACUCCAAUUGACGAUGAAUCAAAUAAACCAGUAGAUGAUUCAGAAUCUGCAGACUCCGAUCCUGUUAAAUUUGCAACACCUCCCGAAUACGACAAAGAACAAUCGGAAAUUCCAACGGAUUAUUCAAACACAGAAAAUGAGACAAAAAAUCAGAAUGCAUACAAAAAAUCUGAAGUUAAUGAAAAACCUGUAAUAUUCCAAUAUCCUAUCAACAACAAUGGUCACGAUUUGCGUAAUCAAUAUGGAGUUAGACCCUACGAUACGCCUGUUAUUCAAGGUAAACCAUUUGGAGUCUAUGGUGUAACUAAUUACGAUAAUAGAGCUCCAAUUUAUGGCAACGUCCAAGGAAGUUUCUCCUAUCAAGGAACAAAAAUUCCAGGACAUGACGAUACAAUUGAUUUAAAACCACCGGCAAUAAUUCCACAAUUUGAACCAAACGGUCACAGUAGACCUUACGGACGUCCUGAUGCACAACCAGGAAAUUAUCAACAACCGGAAAUAAUUACCAAACCCCCUUCUAAAAUUUUAAGACCAGAUCAAUCAGAUUUCGUUCUUUUUGGUGAGGGACACAUGAAACCAGGACCCGGUCAAGUUAUCAGUUUAAAUGCUGAACCUGAUUGGAGUAUAAAUCACAAUCGAUCAAAACCACUGGCUUCAAGACCAAAUCUUGACCAAGCAAUUCCAAAACCAACUUCAACGUACAUUGGCAUAUCUCGACCUGAUCAUGGUUCUGGUGUACGAAUUCAUCCAGAUUAUCCGCAUAUCAUAACAAAACCUAAAAUACGUGUUCCAGCACCAAUUACAAUUACAUCUGGAUCUGCAAAACCACAUGACUCGCAUAGACCACCACAAUUUUCUCUACCAAUUGAGGCAAUUGGCAAUGAGGAAGACAGUAAAACACAAACUGAACGACCUCCAAGUUCACUUGUGAAAAAACCUAAACCAAACAAAGAACCAAUUGAUGAAACAUUGGAAACUGCUUUCCAGACGAAUUUCGCUAGUACUGAUUCUAAAGAAGACGCCAAAGAUUCACCCAGUGAUGGUUCUCAAAGGAAAGGUAUGUCAACCACCAUCAAACCUAAGGUACCAUCUCAAAACAUGAUGCCACCACCUCGACAUCAAAAGCCAACGGAUCAGAUUAAAAAGCCCGAUCAUCAGGAAAGUGUUAAACUAAAACCAACAGAAGUUGUUGGACUAUCGCCACCACCUGUGAAAAUUACAACAACAAAUCGUCCAUCCGAUUCAAAAAUUACCACUCUAAACGAAUCUGGCUUAAGACCACCACCGUUAUUUAUUCCUUUGAAAGAAUCAGUUAGUAAAGCAGCAACACUUUCACCACCAAGUGUUAAAAUGAUUCCACCAAGUGCAAGACCUACUCACAUUAGACCAUUCUUGGCGGAUAUUUUAUCAGAAGAUAUGGUACCACCUCCACCAGUGAAAACAUCAAAACCAGUCGAAAUCGCUACUGUCAGACCAGUUCUUGCUGUUUCUGGAUCAAUACAAAUAGCUUCAGCCGUAGCAACAUCUCACAUACCAGUUAUGCAAGAUGUUGAAUCAAAAAUACCGAUAAUUCAUGGCACUGUGGAUUUACCAGUGGUUGUUGAUGUUCCAGAGGAUCUUAGACCCGUGGAAACUAAACGAACGGAACAUGUCAGUAUUUACACUGCCAGACCAUUUGAAACCAAACAAGCAUCCAAAGUUUCCAUUCAACCUUCGGCAAUUUUGACAACCAAUCUAGUGAUGCCAACAGCAACAAAACCAUCGCACAUUGAAGCAAGUAAAUCUCCAUCGACAGAACCAUCAACGUCAACUGUAAUUGUCUCCCGUAAACCAAGUAAACGACCGGAUUAUCCAGUUUUCCUUGAACCCAGUAUGGAGAAUAUUUUGCCCUCUACAACUCAAAUUGAAUCAACAGAAACUUUAUCCUAUCCUUCAAAACCAGAACAUAAAGAGAGGCGACCAACUAGCAUUCAUCGAGAAACUGUCACCAAAGUUCGAAAACCUUUCAGACCACAUUUCACAAGACAUUCAAUGCGAAAUAAUACCGAUAACAGAGUUGUAUACAGUAUCGCAACAAAGGUCGAAAGUUCUGUUAGUAAAUCAUCACCAACUACUUCAAAACCAAAAGACAUACCACUAUUUAUCAAAGGAGAAAGCAUUGAAAUCGUCAAAGAAAUCAUUGGCACCGUUGAGGAACACGAAGUCAGUGAAAAUAGAUCUACUUCUAUUUUGGAAAUGAAGCCAAAAGAGUUCACAAAAUUCAAGACACUCACCAUAACGAGAACUCAAACUUCAGUUCUUGGUUCACCUCCCACUACUAGAACGCUUUUGCUCACUCAUACCAUGACAUCAACGUCUGUUGAAACAAUAACAGAAACUCUCAUCAAUCCUACGAAUGUUAUUUCAACAAUAACUUCAACUAUUCUUCAGUCGAUUCCUGCAUCUUAUGAAAAUGAGGCCAGCGAUGAUUCCAUUGACUCGAUUUUCGUUGUGAUGAGUGAUCAGAAACCACCUGAACCUGGAGCUGAAGAGGUUGAGGCUGAAUAUGGAGAAGAAGUCUCGAGAGAUGAACAAGAUCCAGCAGGCAAUGAAAUUCAUCGAGUUUUAGCUGGAGGAAUUUUAGGUGCCCCAGUGAUUCCUCUUCAUCCAGUAAUUAAUCAAUGUGUUCCUGAAUGUAGAGCCUUUAAAGCUGAGAUGUGCGCCGAAUUUAGUGGAGAAAUGCGAUGUGUUUGCAGACCAGGUUUUGCUAGAAUGUUCCCUGAUCGACCAUGUAAACCUACCUACACAUACACCCUUCGUGUCGGUUUGGAUCGCAUUGGUCGUGACAAUGUCCUCUACACAGACAGUAUGAAUGAUACAUCAUCUGCAGAGUAUAGACGAUUAGCGCCUAACGUAAAGGAAGCAUUGGAUAGAACUUUGAUGCAAAGUGAUUUACGUGAUCUCUAUCAAGGUGUUAAAAUUGCUGGAUUUGUUCCCGAACCCGUUCAAGUAAAAUUCCAUGUCUAUCUAUUUGACAAUGCAAAUGGAACUCAUUUGAAGGGAAUUAUUCGAAAAUAUUUAGUGAACAGCAAUUAUAGUCUCGGUGGUACUGAGGUCUACGCUUCUCGAAAUCUCAGUUUGGUUGAAGCUGAAGAUUUCGAUGAAUGUACAACAGUAGAGGAUGGAUGGUCGCAUCAUGAUUGUUCAAUGAAUGCAGUUUGUUUCAAUCUUCCAGGAUCAUAUCAGUGCUCUUGUAAGGAAGGUUGGGCUGAUUUAUCGGAGAAUCCUGCUUAUCCUGGUCGAUUAUGCUCACAAGCUCCAUUGGGAUGUUCAGCUUGCAAUAAUAAAGGACACUGUGUAUUAAAUUCUCAUGGUCACAAUACUUGUGAAUGCUUCCCAUGGCACAGUGGACAGAAAUGUCAAAUUAAUUUGAAAGUACUGCUAAUUGCAUUAGGAACAACGGGAGCAGUUUUACUUGGAUUGUUGGCUGUUUGCGUUGGUUUAGCGUGUUUACGUCAUCCUGGAAGAAGACGCUCUUCUGGUGAUAGACGAGCAAUGAUUCCAGGUGCAGGAACUGGAGGCGAUACAAGUAGUGAAGGCAGCGUUACAGAGUUGGCGAUUCCACAUCAUGUUCCUCAUGUUUUGCCACCACCUCCACAAAUGUUGGCACCAGCACCUCCAGUAAAACGACCCAUUAGAAAACCUAGUAAUAGAUUACGACAUCAUGCUAGAAAAGUGAUGCCGGUAGUUCCUCCAAUAGCAACUGUUAACACUGAGCAACGUGACCGUUCCUUGACUGUAAUGAUUCCACGUGCAAAAUAUCGAUCAGCUCCACAGUCAUCUCAGCCAAUUCACAAGCCUACGAUUAAGAGCACAUUUUCCGUGGAGGAACACAAAUUAAUUGAUUAUUUAGAAGGUGGAGUCCACCCUGGAAUGAGAAAAUCAAAUCUUGUUAAUAGUAGCGAUUGCAAGGAAGCAGAAAUUCGAGUGAAAAAGACUCCAAUUUCUCCGACUGGAGCACUUGUCAGUGCUGGUUUUCAGGUUUCAGCAACAGUUACAAGAACAGUAGACGCUGAAUCGACAUUGGCUCGAUCUUGUGGUGAAACUACUGUUGAGCCAGCAACAAAAAUUUUGCGCUCCAAUGAUUUUCAAGGUGAUCUUGAAUCAAGUCUUGCUCGCUCUUGCACUGAAACGACAAUUCAAACAUCAGCGAAUCAAUUACUUCGUUUAGAUUUGGUGGAUACUGGUUCAACGUUAGCAAGGUCUUGUGGAGAGACGACGAUUCAGCCUUCGACAAAGAUAGCCAACUCUGAUCGUAAGGAUAUUAGAGAUGUUCGGGACAGUACAAGUGAGGGUCACACGAUGGCUGAACGUGAUCUUGGAAGUACGUUGAGACUUCCGGCUCAACAUGCGCAGCUGUACAAUUCCGAUAGGGCGAAUAGCGACAGGGAAUCAAAUUUUGAUUCCUUGUAGUUGUUUUUUCGUGAGCUCAAAAAUUUCAACGGUGAGGGAGGGAGGUGCCAUGGAUUUGACUGACACGACACAUUCCAUCGAAUCUACUAUACUAUCUCAGCUCUAUACUGUCGCGUCUCCAUCUUUAUUUUAUUUUUUUUUUUUAUUUUUUAUUUACCUAAAUCGAUGACGAAUUUGAGUACAGCGGCAGGCCGCUUCUGGUUUUUAAAAUUCGUCGUUGUCAGUAUAGCAGAAAACCUACCACAUUCUGCUCAAGAAUAAUUCGCAAUUUUGUAUACAUUGACUGAAAGCGUCAUUAUAAAAAUAAGUUUAAAUGUUACAAAAAAAAUCAAAUCAUUUUUUUUUUUAAUGACGCAUUCAGUCAAUUCAUUCGUUUCGAUCGUUUGCUCUUUUGAAUUUUAAGUAUCAAAAAAAAAAAAAAAAAAAAAUUUAUUCGACUGUAUAUUUUUGUCAGAGCAUUCGAUCUAACGAAAAAACGCACUCUAAUUGCGUCCAUUCAACGUGCCAAAAUAUAGCCAAUGAUAAAAAAAAAAAAAAUCUUCCAAAAUCGUAAUUCUCCAAUUAAUUACGUAUUUAAAUCGAGAGACAUUUUUAUAUAUCUUAUACUGUGUAUUACAUUUCAUAUAUAUAUGUAAAGAAAACGGUAAAAAAAGAAAGUUAUUAAGUGUAUAAUUUCUAUACAUUUUUUUUUAAAUAUAGAAAUUGAGCGACUCUAUGCACUUGACAAGUGGAAAAAAAAUUCAAUUCAUGAUAUUGGACGGGAUUAACGAUAUAAUAUAUAUAUAUAUAUAUUAAAUAUCGAAUUUGGAAAAAAAGCGUAUUAUAUUUGUAUGAUUUAUUAUUAAUAUUAUUAUUAUUAUUAAUAUUGUUGUUGUUUACAUGUUUAGUCUAUUUUGUACGGUUUUUUUUAAUAGUCACGUCGUUCGACUUCGAAUUUUUUUUUUAAUAAAUCUAAUUUAUAUUGUGCGAAGGAGAAAUUAACAAAAAAAAAAAAAACUGUGUAAAUGUAAUUAGAAAAAAUGAUUUUUGUUUUUAAGGGUUUCGAAUCGAAGUCGAACAAUGUCAGGAAAUUUAAUGAGACUCAAGGGAGAGCAGAGAAGAAUGCGUUGUGCGGGUGGAAUAAUUAUAGCUUUAUUAUUAUUUUUUUUUUUUUUUUAAUAACUUAAGAAACAUUUUAACAAAAAACGGAUAGGUGUUAUUAAUAAAAAAAAAAAAAAAUUCUCCCUGGCUAAAUUUUUUUUUUUUAACCAAGUGCUCGAAUCGCUUCGAUCAUAUAUGUAUUGAAUGACGUUGGCGAUAUUUCGCUUGUGUCACAGUGACAGCAAAAAAUCGCAUUUACAUAGAUAUAUAUGGACUUAUUAUAUAUAUAUAUAUUCUAUUCUUAUGUUUUACAUUUUUAGAAAAAAAAAAAAAAUUUUUUAUCUAUAAAAAAUAAACUCUGUUGUACAUAACGAACUUCUUCUUAGUUUUACGUAUUAUAUAAAUAUAAUAAUAUUUAGAUUAUUUUUGUAUACAUUUCGAGUAUUCGAUAGUGCCUGUGUACUUAUUAUGUAUGUUUAAUAAAAAAAAAACCAAUAACUAUAA